GUUUUUGUUUUAAUGGUGGUGGUCGUUUUCAUGUUCCCGGAACUCAUUAAUUAGGACCCACACUUUAAAACGCUGCCUUGCCUGCCGGCGCUGCGCGUUCGAGCCCCUUCCCCUUUCUAGCCACAGGAAUGGUGGUGACUGAGAGGCCGUCAGCUUCUGGGGGCACCAGGCGCCUCCCACUGAAGCCAAUGGCCAAACUUUCGUGGAUUUGAAUGGAGCCGGCUCGCACCCACCCGCAGCCUCCGCUGGGUAAACACACGCGUGGGGCGUGCCAGCACCUUCUACGUCUCUGGAUGCCUGACCGGGCGCCCCUGUUGGAGAGCUGGACUUGGGCGCUAAGGGGGGGCGCGGAGUUGCGCUGGCCAGCCAUGCUUAGAGGCGGGAAGAGGCUUUGGGGGACCGGAGCCCCCGCCGCCCGCCGCUGAAUCUUGAUGCAAGAGAGUCGUCGUAUUCGGCGAGAGACGGUCACGGACCCCACCGGCAGCCCCCUUUCAUUCCCCUGCUGACACCAGUUCUUGGCCGGGGCAACGCGCUCCCUCCGCUUGGAGGAGUUGCCUAUGGCUCUCAACUUUUGGCACAUACACUGGCUGUUAAAGGACAUGAUUCAAAGUGUCCCACAUCAAGCAGCACACAUCAAGGGAUCCUUUCCACAUGGUAGUUGAUGGCAAUGGCCUUUUGAAGAGAUAAAAGGAAUAACUUCAACUCAAUGCAAAGUCCUGGAAGUUCUAAAGAGUUUGAGACAAGAGUCCUUCAUGAAUCAAAUUCUCCCCUAUGGGAACUUUGCCCACCUUAUGGUCCCAUCUUACAGUCCAAUCUCUGCCAGAUAUUCAUCUGGAAGGAACAAGAGAAAGGAAGCAUUAUCAGUUGUAAGUGAAGAUCAGUCUUUGUUCGAGUGUGCCUACGGGACUCCCCAUCUUGCUAAGUCAGAGAUGACAGCUUCUUCUUCCAGUGAAUAUGGGCAAACAUCAAAAAUGAGUCCACGUAUCCCCCAACAGGACUGGUUAUCCCAGCCUCCAGCCAGAGUCACCAUAAAAAUGGAAUGCACCCCAAAUCAAGUGAAUGGCUCAAGGACUUCCCCUGACAACUGUAGUGUGACAAAAAGUGGAAAGAUGACUAAUAACACUGAAAAUGUUGGCAUGAACUAUGGAAACUAUAUGGAAGAAAAGCACAUCCCUCCACCGAAUAUGACCACCAAUGAACGAAGAGUUAUUGUUCCAGCAGAUCCUACAUUGUGGAGCACAGACCAUGUACGCCAAUGGCUAGAAUGGGCUGUCAAGGAAUAUGGCCUCCCAGAUGUGGACAUCAUGCUAUUUCAAGAUAUUGACGGAAAGGAGUUGUGUAAGAUGACCAAAGAUGACUUCCAGAGGCUCACACCAAGCUACAAUGCAGAUAUUCUUCUUUCACACUUACACUACCUCAGAGAAACUCCUCUUCCACAUUUGACUUCAGAUGAUGUUGAUAAGGCUUUACAAAACUCUCCACGGUUAAUGCAUGCUAGAAAUACAGGAGGUGCAGCAUUUAUUUUUCCAAAUACUUCAGUUUAUCCUGAAGCAACACAAAGAAUUACCACCAGGCCAGAUAUGCCUUAUGAACCAGCCAGAAGAUCAGCAUGGACAAGUCAUGGUCAUCCUGCUCCUCAAUCAAAAGCUGCUCAAGCAUCAUCUUCAGCUGUGACCAAAACAGAAGACCAGCGUCCUCAAUUGGAUCCUUAUCAAAUUCUUGGUCCAACAAGCAGUCGUCUUGCAAAUCCAGGGAGUGGGCAGAUACAGCUGUGGCAGUUUUUGUUGGAGCUUCUGUCAGAUAGCUCCAAUUCUAAUUGCAUCACCUGGGAAGGUACCAAUGGAGAGUUCAAGAUGACUGACCCUGAUGAAGUUGCACGGCGCUGGGGGGAAAGGAAGAGCAAACCCAAUAUGAACUAUGACAAGCUCAGUCGUGCUCUUCGUUAUUAUUAUGACAAAAAUAUAAUGACUAAAGUCCAUGGUAAACGUUAUGCCUACAAAUUUGACUUCCAUGGAAUUGCUCAAGCCCUUCAGCCACAUCCUCCAGAAUCAUCCAUAUAUAAAUAUCCAUCAGACCUGCCCUACAUGAGUUCCUAUCAUGCACACCCUCAGAAAAUGAACUUUGUUGCUCCUCAUGCUCCUGCUUUGCCUGUUACUUCCUCCAACUUUUUUGCUGGACCCAGUCCUUACUGGAAUUCACCAACUGGAAGCAUCUAUCCCAACACUAGGCUCCCAACCACUCAUAUGCCUUCUCACCUUGGCACUUACUACUAAAGAGGAAAGAAUAUUUUAAAGGGUAUGUUUUCCUGGAAUACAAGGAAUUAGAACCAGCAAAUCUGAACAAAAUGUGCCUGAAAGACUGAUAAUACUGACUAGGAUAUAAAACAAACUUUUUUAUACAGAGAUAUUAAAAAGUGUAAAGAUGCUACUAAAUAUGUUGACAUCAAGUCUAAACAUGAAAGAAGGAAAUACAUAUUUAGGUAAAAUUUUGUGAUAAUAACUAAAACAUGGGACCAGAAGAAAUGUAUAAGAUUACUAUGUCUUUUUUCAUAUCACAGUAAAGUAAUACAAGGAUAUUCUAUUACGAACUUGGAUGCAAUACAUGAAUAUAUAAAUGCAUAAAAAAAACUUAACUAUUUUUUUAACAAAAAAACAAAUAUGUAAAAAGCGGGACAAAUUUAUUUCUCGAGGAGACCAUGUUGUGGUUGGAAUAAAAUGGACUGUAUUCCAUCAAGAGGGAGGGAUGAGAUAUUUCAAAACUGUGAACACAAUACAAGUUAAAGUGUGUUGAUAAUGUUACAGAGCUCUGAGCCAAACAUUGGGUUUGAGAAUGUGCUAAGGGCAAGUGUAUGAUUGUAGACUAAGGGUUCAAAUGUCAGGAAGUUUUCCUAUGCAGACCCUGUUGCAAUAAAUAGGAGCUCACGAGAGCACUAUUAAAACCCUGUGUCUGAUCAAUGUAGAGGAAAGGAAUAGGAGAACAUGGGGUGAUGAAGAUGAAGGAAAAGGUAUUUCUGUUAAAGAGGGAGAAACUGACAGUUUUUGAAGAAGUAUUUGCUUGGACAUGACAAAUACCAUAGUAUGUAUUAAGCCAUUUUCAGUAUUAUCAAAGAAAAAAACAAAGCCUUUAUUUGUAAGUCAAAAGAGGGAGAAAUAGUGGUAAUCAAAGUAUGCAUCUCUCUAUAAAGAUAUUAAACUGGAAUUGUGUGCUAUUUAAAAUAACACUUCAAACCUCAUUCUUCUUAAGGGAAGUUGUUGUCUACUUAGUUGAAAAGGACAAAACCCAAUUGCCAGUAGACAUAUUUGUUAGGCAGCGCCAGUUUUUCUUUCCGAGUCGCGAACGCUGUGCGUUUGUCAGAAUGAAUUAUACAAUCAGUGUUAUUUUUUCUUUUGAUAUAAUAAUUAUAUAACUUAUGCAUUUAUACACUACGAGUUGAUCUCGGCCAACCAAAGACAUAAAAAAAUGACAAUCAGAAAUACUAUGGCCUUGAAUUUUAACUCUGUAUGCUUCAUGUUUACAUUAUGAAUUUAACUAGUUCUUAGAAAGCAGAAUGUAUGUAAUAAAAUAAGCUUGGCCUAGCAUGGCAAUUCAGAUUCUCACUGUUGUCUAAAUUUUCAUCUUUUUGAAAGUAAUGAGUAAAAAUAAAUCUUUUUAAAAAUUCUUUAUAAACUUGAAAUACUGUUUAAAAAUGAAAUGAAAGAAAUUAGAACAUACGUACUUUUACUUCACCUGUUAAAAAUUCAGAUUUAACGGUAAUUAUUACAAUUUGGCAAACCAAAUGAGAAUGCUCUUCAGACUAGAUGGUGGAAUUGUCAGGAGGUCUGAAAGGGCAUUUGGUUAUUGCAGAAUUUCUGAUGUGCUUCUCUUGUUAAUGUUGAUCUGGAAAUUUGAAAAUAUUCAUAAUCCUAAAAUUUUGUUUAUAUAUAAAUCUAGAGCAAAGUUUUCCAUUCCUUUAUAUGGAUUGCUGCCUAUUGCAUCACAUUAAUUUUCAGUGUGUUAAUAUCAUGUCAAAUAUCAAUGAUAGUAAGGAAGAUUAAAUGAUAAUUAGCAGGGAGAACAAGAAUAAGAAAAGGCUAUAUAUUUGGUAUAUCUCUUAUUUCUACCUUAAAGAACUGCAGCCAAAGCACUUCUACCUUCCUUAUUGACACAUAUUACUUUAGCUUCCUGCUUCCUUGUUCAACAAGACAACUUUCUCUGCCUCUCACCAGUAUUAUACUGUAUAAUAACUCUGUUCCAUUCUCUGUUUUUAAAAUGUAUUUAUCUAUAUUUUCCAUUGGCACAAGGAACCUAAAUAAAAUUAUGGCCAAUUUUAAAAUAUA